AUGCAAUUCUCUACUUUGUCUGUCGCUUUCUUCUCUUUGGCUACUUUGAUCAAGGCUGAUGCCAUCUCUCAAAUUGGUGAUGGUCAAAUCCAAGCUGCUACCACCACCACUGAAGCUCCACGUUCUACCGUUGCUGCCGUCUCUCAAAUUACUGACGGUCAAAUCCAAGCUACCACUUCUACUCACGCUGUCACUGAACAAACCACCAACGGUGCUGCUAAGGCUGUCGUCGGUGCCGGUGCUUUGGCUGCUUUCGCUGCUUACUUGUUGUAA